UUGAAUGCAUGCAGACGCUGACCUGACUAUACCUCCGAUAUCUUUGGCUCACUGAGCAUCUCGUACUCACACUGACAAGGCUACCAUGGAGUUGCUUUGGCUGUUCAUCCUCCUUCAGGCGUUCCCCGUAGCUCACUCGCAUCUGGUGUCGAACAAGUUCCCCGGCUAUGGAUUUGCCUGGUACGACCCUAACUGCGGUUUCUCCUGCUAUAAUGCAGUCUCGUCGACUCCUCUAGAGUGUGACGCGAGCGACUCUUCUACUGACGGCCAUGGGGGCAUGGAUAUGGACAUGGACAUGGGGAUGGGUGCGGAAGCGCCAACGCCUGAUUGUAAAGCGCAGAACCUCCCUUUCUUGGAGACCAUAGCUUACUGCAUGAGCACAAGAUGUACCGCAGACGUGCCAGUCUGGAAAAGAGAGGAGUUCUGGGCGACGAAGCUCAUCACUGGCAUUGUGCCCAAGUGGACUUACUCGGAGACACUGGAGCAACUUGGCAAUUCGACCGUCACCAUGGUGUACAAUGGAAGCUCGGGUGAAGUUAUGACCAUGCCUAUGGUGCUCAGCGACUUCGACUAUAACAGGCAGUUCAAGUUCAACAAGCUCUUUGAUCACAUCGAAAUGCUCCAAGUUCGAUAUAUCUUUGUUCUUGUGGCUCUGGGUAUUGGUAUUCCAAUCCUCUGCACCGUAUCCCGCAAGCUACCGUUUACGACCAGCCUGCUCGACAGGCUCAAACCAUACGUCGUGUACCCGUCCACAAUCGGCUCGUAUCAUGUUCGCCCGCUGCCCUGGCUUAUUGGCAAUGCACCCACGGUCGGGCAAGCCGCGUUCAUAUUCGUUUUCUUCGCCCUCAAUAUCAUUCUGAGCUCAAUAAGCUAUGGCAGUUCACAGCCGCAUGCAUGGUACUAUUUGAAGAGGGAUGAGAUGCUCGCCUACGUUGGCUAUCGCACUGGGCAUAUUGGGUAUGCUCUUCUACCGCUUGUUGUUCUCUUCUCGAGCCGCAACAACUUCUUGCUCUGGAUCACAAAUUGGUCGUACGGUACAUAUCUCUUGCUGCACCGCUGGAUCGCUCGAAUCUUCACCUUACAAGCCAUCAUCCAUAGCGUUACGCUUUUGAUGGCCUAUCAGGGAAGCGGCGGCUAUGCUGCCGAAAAAAACAAGCCAUACUGGCUGUGGGGUAUUGUCGCCACUGUACUGGCAUGUGCCAUGCUGGUGUUGAGCGUUCUUUGGUUCCGCCGCCUAUCAUACGAAGUCUUCCUCGUCCUUCACAUCAUCCUUGCCGUAUUUGUCAUCGUGGGCUGCUGGUACCACGUCAUUCUGCGAUGGGGCUACAACUUCUACGACAACUGGCUAUACGCCGCCAUCGCGGUGUGGUUCUUCGAUCGGGCUGUGCGCGUGCUGCGUGUCUUGAAGAACGGGAUGCUGUACGCCAACGUCACCGAAAUCAGCGACAGCUACGUCCGCAUCGAUAUUCCCGGUGUGCGGUGGGCGAGCAAACCGGGGUACAUUGGCUACGUUGGGUUUCCGACUCUGCACCCGAUCUCGCCGUGGGAGAACCAUCCUUUCUCAAUCAACUCGUCGUUGCUGUUCCAGAACCACAGGCAAGCACAUGCACCAGCAUCUUCGACCAACUCCACGUCGGACAACAGUCACACCAAGGAAGUAUCUGUAGACGAUAAAGCACCGGCGAAUCUCGUUUCGCGCGAUGUCACGGAAUUGCUGUCUACUGCAAGCGUGUCCUUCAUCGUCAAGAAGAGAACUGGCAUGACGGCGGUACUGAAGAGCAGCGCUCGGCUGCUCACCUUUCUAGAUGGGCCGUAUCCUCACUCUGCCAGCGCUGAUGCUCUGGAGGCUGAUCACUUGCUGUUGCUCGGUGGCGGUAUCGGUAUCACUGGGUUGCUCGGGUGGCUCUCUGCUCAUCCCAAUGUCAAACUGGCAUGGAGCGUCAAAGCCCCUGACCAGGCGCUGGUGGAUGAGGUAAGCCCGGCUCUCAGUAAUGUCGCCGACAAGCAGGUGUUGGUUGGACAACGAUUCGCUAUCAAAGACUUGCUGCAAAGGGAGGUCGACGCUGGCUAUAAGAAGGUUGGCAUCGUCGUUUGCGGGCCUGCAGGAAUGUGCGAUGAGGUUCGAGCCGUGGUGGCCGGGCUGGGGAGAGGAAGUAAGACCGUACUCGAGUUGCAUGUGGACGCUUUCUCUUGGUAGAUUGAUAUAGCCAUGUCAUGCUUGUGGAUCAUAAUCGAUUCGAGUAUUUCCUAAG